AUGGCCAUCUUGUCGAGAGACCGCAUCGAGCCUGGCUCGAUUAACGUCCCCGUGGGCAAGUUCCCCAAGACGUGCUCGUCAACCGGCACCGACGCCGAUAAGGUCGCCUCGGAGGUGAUCGACAAGUUCAAUGCCGCGGUCUCCCGGAAAGACUUCAAGGCGGCUACCGACUUAUUCCUGGACGAGAGCUUCUGGCGAGACCACCUGCUUCUGUCACUGGACCUCCAUACCAUCAAAGGCCGUGAGAACAUUGCCUCGUUCCUCAACGAGAACCCGCGUCUCGUCAAGCUCGAACUAGACAAGUCCUCGGCCUUCCGAGCUCCCCAUGUGGGUCCCAUCGACGGGUUCGGAGAUGUCAUAGGGAUCGAGCUCAUUGGUAAAGCGACCAGCGAAGUAGGGACCGGCAGGUGUCUGGUGCGUCUGGCCGAGUUGGACGGGCAAUGGAAGAUCUUCACCGUGUUCACGACGCUGCUGGAGAUCGACGGUCACGGCGAGUUGACCGAUCAUCGGAGGCCCGUAGGUGUACAGCAUGGCGAGCAGCAAGGACGGAAGAACUGGCAGGAUCGACGGAAUCUGGAACAGGAGGGUAAGAAUGGGGAUCCCACGGUCUUGAUUGUUGGUGCCGGACAAGCAGGCCUCACGAUCGCCGCGCGACUCAAGAUGCUCGGGAUCAGUGCCCUGCUCAUCGACCAGAACGACCGAGUCGGCGAUAACUGGCGUACCCGAUAUCACCAGCUCGUGCUUCACGACCCCGUGUGGUUCGACCACAUGCCCUACGUGCCCUUCCCAUCCAACUGGCCCAUCUUCACACCCAAGGACAAGCUAGCCGAGUUCUUUGAAUGCUACGUCAAGCUACUCGAGCUCAACGUCUGGAACAAAACAACGGUGGCCAACUCCUCGUGGAGCGACCAGCCCAAACAAUGGACGGUGGAGCUGCAACGGCGGAAAGAGGACGGCUCGACGGAGACGGUCACCGUCAAGCCGCACCAUAUCGUUCAAGCGACGGGCCACUCGGGAAAGAAGAACGUCCCCGAAUUCAAAGGCGCCUCGACCUUCCAGGGCACCAUCUGCCACAGCUCCGAUUUCAAGGGUGCAGACGCGCAGUCCCGCGGCAAGAAGGCCGUGGUGGUGGGAUCGUGCAACUCGGGGCACGACAUCGCGCAGGACUACUUCGAGAAGGGGUACGAUGUGACGAUGGUGCAGCGCAGCUCGACCUGCGUGGUUUCGUCGUCGGCCGUGACGGAUAUUGGCCUGAAGGGCCUGUACGAAGAAGCGGGGCCGCCAACCGAAGACGCCGAUCUGUGGCUGUGGAGCAUGCCAUCCGAGCUGUUCAAGGCGCAGCAGCUGAAGAUCACGAACCUGCAGACCCAGCACGACAAAGCCACGCUGGACGGGCUGGAGCGGGCCGGCUUCAAGGUUGACCGCGGGCCCGACGACGCCGGCCUGUUCCUGAAGUACUUCCAGCGCGGCGGCGGCUACUACAUCGACGUCGGCGCCAGCCAGCUCGUCGUGGACGGCAAGAUCAAGGUGAAACACGGACAAGAGAUCGCCGAGAUCCGUCCGCACGGAAUCCAAUUCGCCGACGGCUCCGAGCUCGAGGCCGACGAGAUCGUGCUGGCCACCGGGUAUCAGAACAUGCGCACGCAGGCACGUCUGCUCUUUGGGGACGAACUGGCCGAUCGCGUCGGAAACGUGUGGGGAUUUGACCAGGAAGGCGAGUUCCGUACCAUCUGGCGUCGUAGCGGACAUCCGGGCUUCUGGUUCAUGGGAGCCAACCUGGCGCUGUGUCGGUAUUAUUCGCGGUUGUUGGCAUUGCAGAUCAAGGCGACCGAAUUGGGAUUAUAUAAUUAG